UAUAUAUUGUGGUCGCGAAUGCGUCACAGCCGCGUCAGCGCUCGGUGGUCGGCCACCUGGCAGACUGUAGUUCGCCGCGCUUCCACCAGAGCACGCGCAUGCCACAUUGUUGAGUGAUCUGGUUUGCGCUUUGCGCGCCACGUCGUGUCAGCCGUCUAGUUCAACGUCGUCAUCGUGUCGUCACCGUUGUCAUCGUUCGUGCGUCGUCUGCAUAUUGUUGCCGCGGGGCGGGUACGCGCACAGGUUGUCCGGUCGUCACGCUCAUUGCUUCUGCUGCGAACAACGCAUUCCGUGCGUCGCUAUGGAUCACAUCGGUCUGCUGCUGCAGCAUUCGCAAUACGUGUACGCUAUCCCUGUGGGUAUCGUGCUGAUAUGCGCCAUUCUCGUAUUUGCCUUUGGCUUCAAGAAAGCCGAGCAGCCGCCGUUUGCGCAGCUCUCCUCGGGCUCCGAUGUGGACCGGAAACUUUCCAGGAAGCGUGGCAAGAUCCGUGAAAAGAAAGCUGUUAAUGGACAAGUUGUAUCUGAGAAAACAAGUCCAGCUAAAAAGACAUUAGCAACAAAAGUAGAAGCUCCUAAGAAAGCUACCAAAGGAGAUGAUGUUGAGGGUAAAUUAAAAGAGCGUAAACAAGAAGACAACAAGAUUUUUGGUACUAAGAAGGAAAAGGAACAACUAUUGACUAAGGCUGGCAAAGAGAAUAAAGUUGAGCAGACGAAGAAUAAGAAGAAUUUGAAGAAUUUAUUCCAGGAAAAACCAGUGGAUUUUGACGAUGGAGAUUGGGAGCAAGCUUAUUCACGCAAGGAUAAGAAGAACAAGAAGAAGGAAGAAGAAUCUCCUUCGAAGAAAAACAAGAAAGCUCCUAAGAAGACUGAUUUAAUAAAUGAAGCUAAACAGAAAGAACAAGAGAAGCCCGAGAUUAAGGAUAAGAUUGCCAAGGAAACUGAAAAUAAGGAGCUCAAGGAAAAGGAGAAAAUGGAAGUGAUUCUCACAUCUAUUUCCAGCGAAGAGAUAAAUAAAACUAAGGAGCCACAGAAAGAAGAACAGAGCAAGAUCGAAAAAGUCGAGAAGGAAGAGAAAAAAUCUGGAAAAUCAAAAAAGAAUAAGAAAACUUCUGAAGGCGAGAACACACCCGCUUCAGUACCAUCUACACCAAAGAUAGAUAAUAAGCCUACCGCGGAAGAGCAGCAGAAAAAGCCAGCGAAUGCCGAGAAAGUAAACAAUGUGGAAGAAAAUAAAGUGGUAGAAAAACAAGAGAAAACCGUCGUAUUCGACGAAUUAGGAGACGUUUGGACAGAAGCAAAACCACAGAAAAAAAGUAAAAAAAAGGCUCGUAAAGAUAAUUGAGGAUAAUUGCGUAUAACGCUAAUGAUAUUACUCCUUGCAAAAAAGAAUAGAGUGAGAAUUCUAUUCGGUCCAAAGGGCGUUUGUCGCUUUCGGCAAAUCAGGUGUGUUUCAAAUGACUUGUUAAUCACCACCUGACCAAAUCGUUCCUUUUCCCUUGUACAUAACAUCAAUCAAACUUAGGUUAUUCAAUUACGACUUUUUAGUUGUCAUGACUUGGAAAUGACAUGAAAAUACGAAGAUUUUUUUGUAUGUUUUUCAUUUCUUGUAACCCACACUAUCUUGCAUUUAACAAGAGUGACAUAAGUCAUAAUUUU